CAACAACACCAAAAAAGGGAAACAUGAAACAAAAGGGCCUCCUAAUCCUCUCCAUGCCUAACAAUCUACUUUAAUUUUCAUUAGCAACCAAGCCAAUUUCGUACUGAACAGCCUCCAAACAUCUAUCGUUAUUGCCAAACAAAGUCCCAAUUGAUGCAGGCGCAAGUAGCAGCAAUUCUAUCAUAUGACCAAUCAGCUCCUAUUGAAAGUGAAACGCGCAAUGUCCCUGUGGAGAUCAUAUCUGCAGGAGAGAAUGCUUCUCCGCAGGAGAGAAAAUUAACACAACGCACAAAGUAACUCUGUUGUAUUUCCAUGUCGGAGUGACGAGUGACCAUGUUCAUUUGAUUGUAUGGUACCCACACAGUCUGCAUGCAACAAUGGCGCUUUAGUAUCUUCUUCUGCCAUGCAUGUAACCCCAAACAAAUAUGCAGAUUUUGAGAGUAAUCACAUGCUGCCAGCCACCAUAUCAUUUUGUUGUAUCAUUCCUCAAAUUGAGCCUAAUGUCGUCGUUGACAAUCACAACUUUAUAUAUGCAUUAAAGAUUGAUUCAUAACUUUAUAUAUGCAUUAAAAAUUGCAGCUGCUUUGAAACACACAUUCAGUCGUCGAUGAGAGUACAUCUCCAGUACAAGCUGUUGGGUUUUUCAGUGGUGUGAACGGAAAUGAAAGAGGAAAGUUCCAAAAGAGUCUCUUGAAGUACCAUGUUGGUAAGAUGUGGGAAGUCAUGACCUUGAAUUCGAUCGAUUUGAUUUAAUAUGUGGUUAAUUGGUUAAAUUGGUUUGUGUAACCAAAUGAACCAAACCGAGUUGAACCAAUUCAAACCGAACCGAUAUGGCGGUUGGAAUAACCAAACCGGUCCAACUUCCAUGAGGCCGAACCAAUGCAAUGGUUGAAAUAUUUUAAACGAACCAAUGCAAUGGUUUGGGGUGUAACCACCCAUACGAAGAGUUGCAUCCCUUCGUAAGCACCCCUUCAUUUUCUUUAAAUAGCACCUAACCCCCUCUGGUUUUUACAUGGAUAUUUUCGGUACCAAAACUCUGCUAAAAUCGAAAACUAGUUUUAUGCAUUCUUUUCAAAGAGAAAAUCGAGUCAAGUGUGAUUUUUGCCGGUUCGCUACGUUCGAUGGGUUCCGGGGUUUGAGAUACCGCUACGCCGGAAAAUGUACGUCCUUUCUAUCCUGGGAGGAAUCAUUCCAUAACCUUGGGUACUAGAGGGGAAUAAAAUUUUUUAAGGAGAGCUAGUGAAUUCUAUCGGUUAGGGCGCUUGCAUGAGUCUUUGCAUGUUUUCUUAAUCUUAUGUGUUUGCUUGUGUUGCAAGAAAAAUAAUAUACUUGAACAAUUUUCCCAACACAAGCUGUUUUAGUCAAAAGUCAAAACUACUCUUGCCUUCUCUUAUUUUAUUGAGCACUUAACUAAUAAUUUUUUUAACCUUACCUAUAUACAUAAACUAACAGUUUGAUCCUUCAAGUGGUUCCAUUUUUCGGAUAUAUAGUUAAGAUUUGAUCCUUCAGAAUCUAGGUUAGAAGUAGUAUAUAGUUAGUUUCAGAUCCAAGAGCUCUGCUAAUUUAAUGAUUUAUUUAUCUCCGUCCUUAGUGGCACUUCCAUGUGCAUGUUGACAAUUGACAUUGUGCAUUUUUUUUGGUAUUGACUAUUUGAGUCGUGGAGGAAGGAAUCAAAUGCACACAUUUUCAUAGAGUAAAAGUUCUUUUAGCUAUGUUGUUCGACAUUUAAGUCCGUAGGAAGACACGGUUGGAGACUUGGAGGUCCGUAAGAUAAAAGAACAAUAGUGGAUCCAAUCGAGGGUUGGAUUAACGUAAACAUUUAACAUUAAUGGGUUUGUACGCCAGUCGCUUAUAGGAUGGCAAUGUGUAGGUUGGGUCGGAUUUUGCCAAAAUCAAACUCAAAUUUAAACCCAAAUUUAUGGGUUUAUUCGUGAAAAAAAAUCCGGGGUAAAAUCCAUUGGGUUUGAAAAACUCAAAUCCAACCCAACUCGCUGGGUAUCCGCGGGUUCAUGGGUACCCAUGAGUUUUAGUCGCAAAAAAAUUACAAUAACAAGUUCCCAUCAAAAUAAAAGUCAAAUAUCAAUAUCUUAAUACAAAUUAUCCAUAUAUAAAACACCAUUCUAGAAAAUUCAAGUAAAUCACAAAUUAAUCAUACAAAUUGUUCAACACCAAUCUAUAAAACUCAUUAAAAUUGAAGCAAAUCACAAAUUAUCCAUAAACGACAUGAUUAAUUGAAAACUUCUUCCUCCUUGUCAAUUAAGCUUCUUCACUCGAUAAUAUCAACUUCAUUCGACACAAUUAGAAAGAAAAAAUUAGACAUGUCUCCACAAACAUAGAGAAUAUUAGUAGUUUAGAAUAUUAAAUAUACUGGGAAAAUUAAUUAUAUGGGUGUGGGCGGGUACCCGUGGGACGAGUUUACCUAACCCAAACCCAACUCGGUGAAUAGUGAACGGGUUUAAACCCAAAACCCGUCAACAUGAUUUUUACCCGCGUUGACUGGGUUGGGUUGGGUCGGGUACCCGUGAGUUCGGGUUUUGUUGCCAUCCCUACUCGCUUAUAAGGUUUUCUAGUGUCCAAUCAAUGUUCACUGUUUUGAAGUUUGAAUUGAAGUUUUUUUUAACAGAGUUUGAAUUGAAGUGGUGGCAACGAAUUGGGUGAGUUGGGUGGGUUUUGAUUUUAAUUAAAAUGAUCUGCCUGUUUACUAGCGAGUUGGUAUAAUUGUGAUCUACAAUUCACUCACACUCUACUUGGGUGGUGGCAGAUUGGUGCAGUCAAGUUGUAGGUUAAUCCGCAAAUGCAAUUUUUCAAAUAGAAAUUAGGCAAAUUGACUAACAUUUAUAAUAAAUUUCUCACAAAUUAGGAAGACUGUAUCAAUUUAUACACUUAUUGUCAAUUUGUCUCGUAUGUGGAUGUCUGGUACUUGUAUAAAUAUUUGAUUACUUCAUCAACCAAUUAUGUAGAGAAAGUUUAUGUUUUUUUUUUUUUUUGCAACUUAGAUACAAUUAUAGCAGUGUCUGUAAACCCGUACGGUACUGGCAGUCUGUCUAAGGAAAACCUCCUACCGGAGGUUAAACUGAUGGGCGCUUUUUAGCGGUGUGAAACGGUUGAACUACAACUUCAACAUAAAAUAUCAUACUGCUGACUUUUCUGGUACACCCUUCUGCACGAUUUUACAAACACUGAUUAAUCGUUCGUAAUUUGUAUCUCAAUGUGUAAUGGACAUUACACAACAUAGUGGCCAAUAGUAGUAGCCCAUGUCAUGAACCAGUUGCUCCCAAUAACUCGAGUUGUUGGGAGAAGGUUAUGCUGGAUCUUAUACAGGUCCGUGUAUGGUGCUUAACCACUUCCUUACACGCCCCCUCAAACGAAAGCCGACUCAUGGGCUUGAAGUUUGCACAGGCCCAGCCCUACCAUGUGCUUGAAAGACAACGGUUAAUAUUGGGGGUUGUGAGGACUUGAACACGUGACCUCAAGGACAAACAAGCUCUGAUAUCAUGUCAUGAACCAGUUGCUCCCAAUAACUCGAGUUGUUGGGAGAAGGUUAUGUUAGAUCUUAUACAGGUCCUUGUAUGGUGCUUAACCACUUCCUUACAGCCCAAAAGUAUUCUUCAUUGUUCACUUUUAGAAGUCGAUGCGUAGUGUGUAGGGCCGGUUAAAAAAUACGAUGACUAUUCGUUAGCAUAUAUAUAUAUAUAUAUAUAUAUAUAUAUAUAUAUAAGAAACAACUAUUUUCCAUGCAAAGAUGGGGUGAGAGUCAUUCGAGUGACCGCAACCCAACUAUCAUUCACCUCAUAAAUGUGGAUAGAAAAUUUAUCGAUUCACAAUCCAACCCACAUAAAUCACUCAUCCUCUGCGAUCUUGAUUAUUUGUGGGUAGUUCGACAUCAAAUCGCGAAUUACUCACCAACAAUGUGAGUAUGUCACCCUAGCGACGAGACAAGUAAAACAGAAUAAAAUGCAUUAUAAUAAAGGAGCGGAUAGGGUAAAAAACCUAGCCUGCAAAAAUAGUGAUGCAAUGAUAUGACCGGGGAUUUUGAAGGUCGGAGAUUCUGGUUGUAAUACAAUGAUACGAUCGGAAUUUUGUAGGAUUUUGCAGGUCAAAAUUUUGAACCAAACUUGUAAAAAAAAAAAAAAAUUGAACCAAAACCCAAGCCAUAUAAUAAUUUGCCAUCCCACUCAAUUGUAGAAAAUUUUGACUAGAUAAUGAAAUCUUUUUUAUAGUUAGAUAAUGAAAUCUUGGAUCGUAUCAAAUAUCGAAGAUUUGGUUGGUUCCUCGUUAAUGAUCCAUUCAUUCGAUUGAUGAUCAAAACUUAUGGCGGUCCCCGACAAAUAAUCAAAGCCGUAUAAUGGAUGCCCACUAGCCCAUUUGGCAGCUCCAUGUUGCUUGCCGUUUGUCUUAUCAGCUAGAUACCUCUCAAAUAAAGAAAGAAAAGAGCCCUACACCGCCGCCGGCGCUGUCUUCUUCCCGACAUACAGCCUGGUUCUCCCCUCUCGUCUGCCCAUGUCCAGAAUCAAUGGCGGAUGCAUGACAAUAUUUCCUUUGCACAUGUCAUUUGCAAGUUGCAAGGGGAGCAAUCUGACAAAAUUCAUUUUCUUCAUUUUUAAAAUUUUUGCUAGUUAUUAAAUGGACGCGUUCCAUACUGCUAGUUAUUAAAUCUGCCGAAAUCCAUUUUUUUAAUGAAGCUCUCCAGAGUGCUGAGCAUUAUUAGAGUUCUUUCUUGAAACCCAGUGGGCAGAUUGGAAGAUGGGUCUCUGUGAUCCAUUCUCUUUGGUUGUGGGUGUUGUUUUGAUUCUGCAGCUGGCGAUUGCUGUUUCCGGGUACGGAUCUUCCGGCCCGGUUGCAGCUGCGUUCGGCGGCGACGGGAUCUUCUGCGCCAUUGAUGCUGGAGGGAAGCAGGAGGUGUUGUGUUGGGAUAAGUAUGAUAACUUCACAGCUUCAUCGUCAACUGCUCACUUCGCUCCCUUGCCUCCCAUGGCCUCGCUCUCCGGAGGCGAGGAGUUUCUCUGCGGCAUUACGUCGAACACUUCGCAGCCGUUCUGCUUCAAGAUGUCGGAUCCAGGUACUAAUCUUGUCCCGGAAAGUUACCAGUACAGCACAUAUUCCCAGAUCGCCGCAGGGAAGGAUCAUGCUUGUGCGAUCAGAGGGACUUACUACUCCACUGGGAUGGAGGAAUACGGUCGAAUUGAUUGUUGGGUUCUCGAUCAUACAUUCUCCACUUCCUAUGUGAAUCUCCUAAAUUUCAAGAACAUAGUCGCUGGUGAUGGCUUUAGUUGCGGGGUAGUCAAACAAAAUGGGGUGAUUUGUUGGGGACCCAGAUCAGGAAAAUUGCGGAUUCCAACCAGUUCAGGUGAUUAUGAGAUUCUGGCCUCAGGAAGAAGCUCUGUAUGUGGGAUAUCGAGCUCUUCCAGAGAAGUUCAGUGCUGGGGUUCUUCUGAUGGCAGCCAAUUCAGCUCCCUGCCGAGGAAAGGAACUAGAUUCGUGGGCUUAACAGCCGGUGCGGAUUACUUCUGUGGAGUCCGCGAGGACAAUCAUGAAGUCGAAUGUUGGGGGGAAAAUGUCGAUCCAAGUUCUGUUCCAAUCGGUUAUGGGUUAAUAGCAAUUGCUUCUUCAGAUCACACCGCCUGUGGGAUACGAGAAGCCGAUCUGGUACUCGACUGCUGGAGCGUUGCGAACGGACAGUCUCCUUCGGAUUACAGGCCGCCUCUGCAGCUGUGCAGCCCCGGGACUUGCUCCCUGGCUGCAUCAUCGUGCCCCGACGGUAUGUUUUCCUUCAAUGCAAGCAUCCUCAACGAGCCAGAGUUGACCAGCAUCUGUGCAAGAAAGGACCUCAAGAUCUGUCUGCCUUGUGGCACAAGCUGUUCACAUGGCUAUUUCCCUUCCAGCCUGUGUACAGAGAAUGCUGACAGGUUAUGCACUGCUUGCUCGCUCUGCCAGAACAGCUCUUGUUGGGACAUCUGCGGCCAACCAUCUUCACCAGAAGUGACUUCACAGCAGGAGCGGAAACAGAUCAAGAAACUUGUUAUCAUCAUUGCCAUCCCACUGCUUGCUUGCUUGUUACUCCUCGCUUCUUGUUGUCUCAUUUUCCAGCUCAGAAGAGGUACUAAGGAUGGAAAGAAGAAGAGAAACUGCUGCUACAUGUUCUGCUUAAGUAAACCAGUGGUGGUGCAGGCGAAUCCAGAAUUAGAUCCGCUGUCUGUUGUUCUUUCAACAGGCUCGUACGUCGGAGAGGCUCAAGUGUUCCGGCUUUCGGAGCUCAAAGAUGCUACCCACGGGUUCAAGGAGUUCAACGAGCUAGGCAGGGGAAGCUUUGGGUUCGUCUACAAGGCCGUGUUGUCGGAUGGAAGACACGUCGUGGUGAAGAGAGCCAACGCCGCCACCAUAAUCCACACCAACAACCGAGAAUUCGAAUCGGAGCUCGAGAUCCUGUGCAGGUUGAGACACAGCAACAUAGUGAACCUGUUGGGUUACUGCGCUGAGAUGGGGGAGAGGCUGCUGGUCUACGAGUACAUCCCACACGGGACGCUCCACGACCAUCUCCAUGGGGAGCUCUCUCCGCUUGAUUGGAGCUCGAGGCUCCGAAUCGCUCUGCAGAUGUCGCGUGCCCUCGACUACAUGCACAAAGGCAGCUGCGACGACAACGAAGAUGACAACACCAAAAUGCCGACUGCAAUCAGCAUAGUUCAUGGCAACUUGACGACGUCGAAGGUGCUCCUGGAUUCGGAGUGGGGGGCGAGGAUCGCGGACAUUGGAUUCUCGAACUCUUGCAGCGAGAAUCCAAUGUCCGAACAGGACGACGUGUACAGCUUCGGCAUUGUGGUGCUGGAGAUAUUGAGUGGGAGGAAGGCUUAUGAUACGGAGUGUAAUCCUCCUGGUAUUGUGGAGUGGGCUUUGCCUUUGAUUAGAUCGGGGAAGUCGGCCGCCAUUAUAGACAGGAACGUAGCUCUGCCGAAGAAUGUGGAGCCUCUGCUCAAACUUGCAGAUGUUGCUGAGGUUGCUCUCAGGGAGAAUCCAAGUGAACGGGCUGACAUGUCCUGUCUAUCAAAUUUGUUGGAUGAAAUUGUGAGAUUUGAGGUUGAUAUUUUGAGAACGUGAUUUCUUGCACUAGAGCAUUGAAUUCAGUACAUUCUUUCUGUGAGCCCUAUCCAUGUAAUACUGUUCUUAUAUUCUGUUUUGUACACAAAACCAUAUCCUCCUGGUGGCUCCAGUUUCAUAAUAAGUUAAUAACAUUAGCCUGAUACAGAAAUUGGUGUUACGGGGACUUGAGGAUGGUAUAUUGGUAUAGUUAAUGAGGCUUGGCAUGUAAAGUAACGAUGUAUUGUGAAACUGUAUCGCAAAGUUGUGAUGUGAAAGUUAGCGGUAUGAUUUUACUUUGUAUAAUUGUAUUGAUCCGCGGUGCAACCAUUUGAUACCGUUAAAAAUUGUCUGUCGAGUACGGAUAGAUUAUUUUUACACUCAAACCGUCGGUACGGUAUGGUUUGCUACUACUAGUGGGCCGCAACUUUAGGGAUUAAUUUCAAUUGGACAUGAAUAGUGAAGCCGAGCUUGUAUGAAUAUGGGCCUAGGUUAGGGACUAGUUUUGGACUUUCAAGUAUUUGUGGGCUGAAUCAAGUGGGGUCUAGGCCCAACUGUGAAUGGGCUAUUUUCGCUAGAUAAGUGCAGAACCCAAUGGAAGGGACAAGUUUUAUGAGUUUGUUUCGAUACGUUUUUGUAUCUGCAACUUGGGCUAAAUGCUAUAUAUGAAUUAUUAUUUAGUUAAAAAUAAUUUAAUUAUCCUGAAAAAAACUAUUUUAAAAAGAAACUUAGGUCAAUAAACCAAAUGCAAAUGACAUAUAAUGUAUGGUAAAAGAAGAAUGUACAUAAUGUUAGAGUUUUGUAGGAUUUUUCAACAAUAUAAUUAAAUCAAAAGGUGGUGGUAAUGACUGCAUAAAACUUCAUUUAUCAGUGACAUCAGGAACAUUUAGAUUUGAUUUAGUUUCAGUUGAACCCAAGUCUUGAAAGCAUGGUCCAUGAUAUCGUACCCGAUAUCGUAUCGGAAAAAGUCAGCGGUAUGAUAUUUUAUGAUAAAACCGUGGUUUAACCUAUGGGUGGCAGUUCGGUUAUUUCAUUUAUAACCGGUAAUCGAUCGGCCGGUUAUUGGUUAACCAAAAUAACCACUCCCCCUACCGAAAAUCGCCUGAAAUAGGCUUCGGUUUCUCGGUUAUCUCGGUGAUCGGUUAACCGAACCAUUUUUAAGACUAAAUACCAUUUUGUCCACCCUCCGAUAACCGACUGAAGUUCGGUUACUUCGGUUAACGAUUAGUGGAUAAUCGGCUAGUUAUCGGUUAACCUGCCGGUUAACCGAUAAGCGGUAACCGAAGUGGCACCCCUAGUUUAACCGUAGUUCAACCAUUAGACCGUUAAAUACCGCCUACCGGUUUAACCUUCGAUACUGGUAUUUCAUUAUUGAACCGCCGGAACGGUACGAUUUCAUGGACCAUGCUUAAAAUUCCACAAGAUAGAGGUUCUGGAGAAGCUGUUCAAUGUUCAUUAUUGUUGUUAGGCUUUUUUUUUUGUUCAUUUCAAGAGGAAGAGAGGGAUGAUGAAGAAAAGAAAAGGAGAGGUUGGGGGAGAGAGAGAAGAAAGAAUCCACGACCAUGUGGUUCCAAGCACUUGCAGACAAAAAUGAAAAAGAGAAGAGACUAGAGAGCAGAGAAGGGAAAGCGUUUUGCUUUGCUUUGCCCUUCCUCCCCGAGCCCUCACCACCCCAUCAGAAAGAAAGAUGGGGAAAUUGCAUUCACUCAUUCACAUUCUGUCAGAAGAAAGGAAGCUGUUCUUUUUCAUAUUUCCCACCAUUGUAGGUUUAAGGUAAAAGCUAGCUAGGUCGGUAGGGGAAGUGAAUUGCUUUGCCUUCUGGUAGUACAUUUCAUUCAUCUCACUGUUGUGUACUGUUCAUCAUUCCACUGCCUUCUUAUGUUCCUAACCCUAGCUAGCUAACUAACCUUCCCCUUCUUCUUCUUCUUCUUGGCUUUCUUUCCUUUGGUUUGGGUAGUAGCCAAGGAGUAGUAUUUUUGGGUCAUGGUGGAGAGAGAAACAAGGAGAGGAGAGAGAAGGAAUAGGAAGGGCUAUAUCUGAUUAGGUAUAUAAGUUAUAACCCUCUUUCGUAGGAAGCCAUAGAAAGCAUAUGCGAAUAUGAUUUCACUCGUUUUUUGUGGCAAUUCUCAAGGAGCUGUGAGAUAUAUAAACCUUUGAAUUCCCAAACCACUCAAAACUACUACUUCUUGCUACUUUUUUUUUUUUUACCUGGUUUCCAUUUCGUGUCCUCCAUCGAUUUGUCUCGUCUUUUCAUUUCUCCAUCAUUGGUCUUUUUGCUCAUCAAACUCGCGCUCAGCCGCUGGCAUGAGUGCUGCGAUUCCCCUUCAGAUCCCAUGUCGGGAACAUUUGUUGAUCCGGUUUUUUAGGGCGUCCGUCCGUCGGUUGAAUCUGUUUUCAUAAUAACUGCAACGAUCGAGGAGUGUGUGUAGGAAAGGUGGUUAGUGAAUUAACGAAUCAUUUCUCCGACAUUGGUAAGCAUAUAUUCCGAGAUGGAUGCAUGCCUGGCUCCCUGUAUGCCAUUUGCGGAGAGAGCUCCACCGGACGAAUCGAUGGCCUCCGUGGAUGGCGUAUGAGGAGCCAUGCAUAUCAUAUAUCAUCAUCCUUCAUCACUUCACUUCAUCCACCACCACAAUACUCCUUCGCUCUAUAAAUGAAUUAGUUCACUUUCUGUUUUUUCUUUUCGGAACCGAAAAAAGGUUUCUAUUUUGGUAUUUGUCUCAACAUCCUAUGUAUAUGUUUUUUUUAAUGUGGUCGGAAUUAAGUCCUAGCUAGUUCAUUGUCGAGAUUUUUGUUUUCCUAUAAUUAAUAUAAUAAAUAAAUAUAUUAAAGACACAAGUAUGCCGGAAGUAAUUAUACUGUUCCUCACGAAAAUUUCUCCCCAAAUACUGUUCAUUAGUGAUAUAAUUAAGUGUGGCCGAAUCCACCACAAAUUCCAGUCCUCUUUUCCUUCUUCUUGGGUCAAUUUGUUAUCACUCAUUAUAAAUAAAUAAAUAUAUUAAAGGCACAAGUAUGCCGGAAGUAAUUAUACUGUUCCUCACGAAAAUUUCUCCCCAAAUACUGUUCAUUAGUGAUAUAAUUAAGUGUGGCCGAAUCCACCACAAAUUCCAGUCCUCUUUUCCUUCUUCUUGGGUCAAUUUGUUAUCACUCAUUAUUUCCGUCCCUUUCUUCUUUUUAAACAACCAUUAAUUAAAUAAUUAAAAGCGUAAGCAACCUAUUAAUUAUUUUCACUGUUCCUUACGAUGUUACGUUUUAGCAUGUUUAAUUUUAGUAACUCUAAUUCCGGGUUACUGUUCACAUGUUGCAUGAUGUACUUGAAUCCGCUGUGAUAGCGCCCACGGUAGCAAUUUUUAGGAACCAGAAUUCUAAUAUGUUUGUCCCUUAUUAUUACCAUCCCAUCAUUAACUUUCAACGCUUUUCUAAAGCUUUUCAUUACUAAGUUACAAUGCUUUAUAUAUACGUAAUAUAGUUUAGCAUAUUAC